AUACUCGUCUGUACGUGUGUCGUGCAGGUGUAUAUAAGCAGAGUUGCGCACGUCGUACACGUACACCAAAACAUCAUUUCUAUCGGGACGUGAUUUCGUGCUAAACAACGCGUUCGGUGUGAUUUGCGUGGUUUUCAACUAAGAUUAGCGAUUAAUCUAUGAUCGUGAGAGAACAGACAAUACGCGGGGAUCGAGGACAACCGAUAAAUAACAUUUUCGAGGAUACAUCAAAGCGAUCGAGGAAAGGGCGAAUUUGAGUGCCACUGCACAAGCGCGAAGAAGAGAGAGAGAAUCAAAGAACGAGAGAGUGAGAAAGCGAUAGGACGCUAGGUACGGUGCUACGGUGGUAGUGAAUGGAACGCGGCCCCCCACGGGUGAGCGUAGUACGACGCUCCACGGGCUAGCGUUGCACCAAUGACCAGCCGGGACGGGCGAUCACGUGACGUGCGUGCCGAGGCAGCAGCAGAACAUUGCAAAUGACAAGACGCGUAGGGCAUUGUCGUCGCGCCGCCGCUACCACCGUUCCCGUCGUAGUUGUUGGUGAAUUCGUCGCGCCACCGCCGUCGUUGCUGCCACUAUCGUUGAUGAGAUCUCGCCCGCCACCGAGAAAGCGAGCAUUAUAAACGAUUCUGAAAUCUGUCCUCGCUGUCGGCACCACCGCUGCUGUCGCCGCGUGUGCGCGACAAAGUCGCGGGUGCUCGGAGGCCUCGUGCCCUGAACGGUGCCCGCGGCGCCCCGUCCUUACUACACAUACUCGAUACAGUAUACCAAACGCAGCAGCAUCGAGGGCCCUUGUGGCACCUGCCUAUAUGACAAAAUGUCUGGAUCACAGCGAAUGCGAAAGUCCUCGCCAUGCUCGACAUCGAAGCAAGGCCCAAUGCGCGCGACUCUACCCGUAAGCUCGCUAUUACGACAAGGCCGGCAAGGCAGUAGUCUCAGGAAGAGCAAUAGCAACAGUCCCACCGUAUCGCCGACGAACGCGAGUGCGUGGCGGGCCCGCAUCUCGCCGGAGACCUCUUCCUCGGGACAACGAAGCCCCGGUUCCCUCUCUUACAAAGCAAAAUCAAAAACAUUAAGUGGAAGAUGCAGCGAAAGUUUAAGUGGAAACCAGAAUAUUCGAAGGACAGCAUCAUUAGAUACUAUCUAUUUGAAAGGACAAUGGCCUCGUGAUUCAUAUUACAUUCAUUCCAGUCUUCUCUUGGUUGAUAAAUCUACACAGACAGAAGAAUGGUCCAAUGAACCAAGAAAAUUACAUACUCGUCAUCCUGCAGAACAAACUACCACUGAUGAAAAAUUGGAAAAAUAUUUCAGGCAUCGGUUACAGCGUACAAAUAAGGAAGGUACCAGCAGUAGAGAACGGACAGCAGCAUUUGGACUCAUAAUGCCAGGUGGACCACCACCAGCUUUUCCUGCAGAUCAUACAGUUUUACCCAGUAUUGCUUCACAAACGUCUAUACACAAUCAAUUUGGUUUGAGUACGAAGGCAAGUCCUAUGAAUAUCCCUGUGAAACCAAUGAGGCCUCCAAUGCGUUCUUCUAUUGAAGGACUAAAUCAAGAAAUUGAAGGACUGGUUCUCAAAUCUGCAACUAAUCCUAGUGAUCCUGAUCAUCCAGUGGAAGACAAAUAUGCACGGUAUCGUGAACAAAUUACACCGGAAGGCCAUCGUGCACCAUUAGCUGAUCUACUGAGGGCUACUACUCGCAGCGUGAACACACAAACACCAGCUACUGACCUUCCCUCCAGUUCUUAUUCUUCAGGCCCUCCAUCUAGGAAUUCUGAGUCUCCGCUGAUUCCUGGUCUUAUGGAUGCCUCCCGUCCGCCUAGCGAUCUCUUACAAGGUGGAAGUCGUGGUUCAACCCCUGAACAAGAUAGAGAAGGACGUCUCGGCACCUCUCCUCACAUUAAUAGGUUCCUUGCAAGAGAACCACCUGAUGGCUGUGAGAAAGUCAAUCUCAAAUUUGUAGAGGAUGCCAGGCGACCCAUGAUAGACUUGAGCAAACUAGACUAUUGCCCAAAGCCGUGUGUACCAUUCCAGUUAAAACCUAGCUUGGGAUCAGCGUUCCUGCCAUUACAACAGCCAGCCAGUCCAACGAUGGUUGCCAGUGCAUCACCCUCUUCGCAUCCAACACCAACUACACCUCCUCCAAAUCCAUAGUCCUGCUCUUUACCUUAUGGAAUAAUGUUC